CCCUCCCCCCUCCCCUCCCCAGCAGCCAGCCUCCCCCGCGAACGAACCCUAGCCAGGCACGGCGGCGGAUCCCUCGGGCGGCCCGGAGCCACAGGCCGCCGCGAUGAUGGACGGCGGCGGCGGCGUCGGAGACCCGGUCGAGGAGUUCCUCAUCGGGGGCGCCGGCGACGGCGGGGAGGACUCCCUCGCCGCCUUCUGCGACGGAGGACUUGGGAUUGAGGAUGUGAGCGGAGGUGACUCUGGUCUCGGGCACUCUAAUUUCGGGAAAAGGGGCAGAGAUGAACCAUCUCCAUCUGGUCCAAAGUCAAAGGCUUGCCGCGAGAAAAUGCGGAGGGAUAAACUGAAUGACAGGUUUCUUGAAUUAUGCUCGGUUAUGAAUUCUGGCAAGCACACUGGUGUUGAAGAAUGUUCGGCUAGCAAUCCUGGGAAGAAUGCUAAGUUGGAUAAAGCAAGUAUCUUGAGCGAUGCAACUCGUAUGUUGACACAACUCAGAGGCGAGACCGAAAAGCUGAAGGAAUCAAAUGUGAAUCUUCGAGAGACAAUCAAGGACCUUAAGGUCGAGAAGAAUGAGCUCCGAGAUGAGAAGUUGAGCCUGAAGGCAGAAAAGGAAAGGCUGGAACAACAACUCAAAGCAGCAAGUGCUGCUCCUACAGGAUUUGCUCCUCAUAUGCCUUAUCCAGCUGCGUUCCACCCCGCAGUAUUCCCUCCAUUUGCACCACCUUAUCAAGUCCCAGCCAACAAAGGCGCUCCGGUCCCCGCUGCAUUCCCUGGAAUGGCGAUGUGGCACUGGUUGCCCCCAACCGCCAUGGACACAACUCAAGACCCAAAGCUUUGGCCGCCGAAUGCUUAGGCGUGCCGACCCCGGGAUGCUGACUUGCGCUGCCAUUCGCCCAUUGGCAAGUCAGAACGUUUGUCAGGUCCCUGAGAUGAAAGGAAGCUCGCGAUUGCAGUUAUUGUGUUUAGCCUGUUGUUUUGGGGUCACUUGUCCCAUAGAGAGGUGAUACCUGUAAUUAAUCUGGAUCUUAACCCUCUUGCUUGGAAAAUAUAUUCAGUGCUACCAUACCUCUUGUAUGAGUGUUAUGUAUGGAAUUGCACUGGUUUGUUUCUUGAGUUUGUACCUACAAGUACCUGUGUGAUGCAUUUGGAAGUACCUGUUUUGUUUAUAUAAAGUUGAACAUGUGAGCACUUGAGCUGAUCUUUGAAAAAAAAUAGAAUUACAUGUAGAACCUGUGUUCUUUCAUUGACAAGAUUUGUGUUUAUCUUGUUACAUCAUUUCAAGAAGAUAAAUAAGUUACUGAUAUAAUAAGUUGAAAAGGUUCCUUAAUGCCCAAGCAGUACAACAAUGACAAGAAAAUUAUUUUUUUAACUCAAAACUCUACAGUUCUUUUGCCACAAAAAGGUACUUCUAUUACUUCGAACAAGCACACUUCCAAGUUUGUUGCCCUCCACUUUUUUGGUAAGAACUUGACCAAAUGUGGUACAAUAGGGUGUAACAAAGGAACCCCGACUAUGUAGGUACCACCUCCAAACUA